GGGGGGGGGGUCGCGAUGAGGCGGGCGGAGCACGGGCACACCACCGCCGCUACCGCAGCGCUGCACUGUCCACUGGGCGUAUCCAUGAGCACGGGCGCCGGCGGCUGGGGCACGGCCGCCGCAUGCCAAAAGGCUGCGGGAGGGCAUGAAAGGAGGGCGCGCAAGCGCGCGCCCGGACAGCUGACUCACACAGAGACACUCACGCACCAUGCCAGGGAGUGAGCGCAUUUGUUCGUUCGUUGCGUUAUCUAUUUGCCACGAGAGAGAGAGAGAGAGAGAGACCGAUGUAUUCUGUGUAUUGCAGUGGUCCCAUGAGAGUGAGAGUGUUAAACACAGUUGUAUGUCAUAUGCACGAGAGAGCAC